UCUUUGCCCCGUUCUCUCCAUCCGGAUAAACUUACUCCAUGUUUGCUGUCAUCAGAUGUCUGCUCGGGGCCCACCCUGACCAAACAGCCUUUUGUAUUUGUCAUUUGUCCUCGUCUUCACUUGAUGCUGAUAGCAGGGGCUGUAUCUCAUCCAUUGACUAGUUCUUAGCAGUAAAUGUCCUAGAUGUCAGAUUGGUAAACCACGCUCCUUGGAUUUGAUAUAUAUAUGGAGGAAGGUUUCGAGUGAAUUGUUUGGUCCUUUUUGCCAAUGGACAAUUUAGCAUUUGAAAUGCAAGAAGAUGGAACCCAGAAAGCUUCUUCUAUGGGAAAGAUCAGUACCUUGUCCAAAGUGGAAAAGAAGAGGCAGUGGUCACUGCUGAGCACUUUCCUGCUGUGCUUGCUGGCCUGCUUCAUCACCACAGCAAUAGGAGUACUUAUUCUCUCCCUGGUUUACAUCAAUGCCCAGCCUCACUUUGAACAGGAAGCCUCAGGUCCACACACAGCCGUUCCCCAAAUACAAAAGGCUAUCGAUCCAAAAUUUCAGUUUCUUAAUCAUUUACCCAAGUCCAAGGUGUUUGAGUUCCCUGGUGGUGCAAUCCAGUGGGCAAGGUACAGGAACAACAUCAAAGACUAUCUCAGUGAUGAAGAGGAGGCAUUUGGCACCAGCUUGAACAGCCUGAGAUCACAGAUGACUCUGGGGACACUGAGAAUAAAAAGCAAGGGCCUCCGGGCUCCUCAUUGGCACUUCAAUGCCAACGAACAUGGCUAUCUUGUGCAGGGGACGGCAUGGAUCGGGGUGGUUGAUGAUGGUGGUGAGGUCGCUACCACAUACAAUGUUACAGCUGGCCAAGUGAUCUUCUUUCCUAAAAAUACACUACACUGGAUAAAGAAUGUGGGCCAUGAAGACUGCUUCUUCUUGCUCUUCUUUUCCACACAUGAUGAGCUACAGACUCUAGAUGUGGAUGAUGUGUUUUUUUCUACACCAGAAGACAUUGCUUCCAGGUCUCUUAAGCCUGAAGGUGGAAUUAAUUUCAUUAGAAAAUUCCAGAAGCAAACAGAGGAUCAGGGGGUCAAUCUUCCUCCCAACUUGGCAGAGCUAGUUAUGAAUGCUAGUUAUGUACAGUCUCCUGACAACAUCGUGUGGAGAUAUUUUUUUGACCUUAAAGGUUCAAAAGAAUACAAGUUUCCUGGGGGAGUCAUCCAGCGAGCACAGUAUUGGAAGGAUGGAAAUGAACUAAGCGACAAUGAACAAAUUUUCAAUGAAUUUCUACAUCAGCACCAAAAUGUCCUCGCAUUGAGUACACUCAGGAUUUAUAAUAAUGGAUUAAGACAGCCACAUUUUCAUUUCAAUGCAAAUGAAAUGGGAUAUGUAGUGAGUGGAUGUGGAAAGGUGGGCAUCAUUAAUACUCAAAGAACCAUAGAAUUUAAUAUCCACAUUGGAGAUGUGGUAUUUUUUCCUAUUGGAACCCAGCAUUACAUCAAGAACACAUGUGAUGAGGAUUUGCUCUUUGUCCUUGCCUUCAGCACUGGAGAUCAGGUACAAACUCUUGACAUGGACGAUUACUUCCAGGCUACCUCAGACCAUAUUUUGGCCCAGCUUUUCUUCAGGAAGCAAAGCGAGUUUAAGAAGAUUCCCAAAUUCACAGAGGACCAGGCCAUCAACCUGCCUUAAAUUACUAAUGAGUUCAUAUCUACUGUUCUUUGUCAGGUGUUGAUAGAGAAAGGCCACUGGCUAAGAAACUGGGACUUGUUACAAAAUGAAGUGAGACAACAAGGCAAAGCAACCCUGGGGUUGUCCAUGUGGGCAUCUGAGCAUGGAAAGUCUUGCUGAUCAAACAUUUCACAUUUGGGUGUCUGGGGUAUCUGAUAAUCUGACAUUAUUAAUGCAUUUUAGUAUAUAUGUACAUACACACAUACACACAUAUAUACUUAUAUAGGUCUUAUUACUUCAAAUGUAUUGUGUAAGCAUUUGUUACAUAUAAACAUAUGAACAACAUUUAACUAUGCAAGUAUUAUUCAUUAUUCAUUACUGUGGGAGUUAGAAAAGAGACUGGUUUAUAUAUGUUCAUUGAGAGGCACUGUAAUCCAUGUGCACUAGACCAUGUCUUAGGAGUUUAGUACAAUGCUUUAAGUUGGAGAUUCUCAAUCCUUUUUGGCAUGAGAUAUUUUUUAGUAUCAACAUUUUAAAGAAUUCAGUCAUACUAGUAAUUGUGUACUUAUUUUCUAUUACCAUAGAAGAUAUUUAAUGAGAAAAUGAAUAUGAACUAAGUGCUGUCUUUGAAUGUAUUUGGAUUUUGUGGGUAACCUCACCGUCUGUCUACAUUUGAGAAAGUUCUUCCCAUGUUUGAAAAGCAUCUGAUAGUCUGUUGCUAGUAUUGGCUGUGUCUGAAGAUUCACGGGAACCUUAUCAUUUUUCUGAAGCUGGUUGGGGCCAGUGCACUCUUAAGUUAUUUGUGUAAAAAGAGUGAGUUUAUAUUUGGUCUGUACUUUAAUUUUGAUUGCAAAUUAUUUGAAUAGGCAUCUGGUGUACUGACAGUGUGCUAAUCGCCAUCAUCAGUUCUGAGCUACCCGAAAUAAAAUUCUUAAGGUGAUAUAGCUGGCUUUAAUAUCCUCUUUCAGUCAUUGCCCUAAUACCUAAUCUGAUUUCUUUUAAAGGAUCAGACUGUUCAUUUUUCGAGGCUACAAAAGAAUCUGUCCUUUCUCUUCCUCCCCGCACUCUGUCCCUCUCUUCAUAAGAUUAUUUAGCUCUAUUGAUUUCUAGUAGAGGAAUAUAGUGAGAACUUUUUAUCAGAGUAGGCGGCCACCUACAAAAGGGGCUUUAGGAAUAUGAUGACAGCUUGCCUCUGCUCUCAGUUAUUUGUUGGUUCAUUCAUCCAGAUAAGCUAAGCACUGUGUUAGAUGUUAGUGAGACAUAGCAGUACUGAGGUGGAUGUAAAAGCAGACAGUACAAGACAUGGCAACACUGAUAUGGCAGCUAUUCACUGUGGUAAGUGAUAAAUGUGUGCACACAAAUUAUGUAUGGAUACAUACAUUAAUGUAUAAGCAAAAUACCAAACCCAGCUCUGGGAGCCAUACAGAGGGUGUUACGAUUUCUGGAGUAGAUCUGAGUGAAGAUGCACAGUUAAGCCACAACAUUAAGAGGAAGAUGUAACCUAUGAGCAGGAAAGCUCUUCUAGAUGGAAGAUUGGAGGAGUCAGUAGUACCAAACAUGGAAGUAUAAGAAAACAGUUCACUAUGGGUGGAGGAAAGGGCCAAUACCAAGGGAUGAGGCAAGAGCAGGGAGGGUAGUGAAGAUGCCAGCAUCCUUUAGAGCCAUGUUACUAUGCUUUUCCUUAUUGUCUUUCCCUAGUAGAGCUACCUGAGACCACAGUUUGGCAGCAAGCAGAGGCCUAAUGGUGUUUGGGAGGGGAAGUAAUGUUGAAUGGACUUAGGGAACAGCACAGAGGAAAUGGCACAUGGAAGAGGAGAUCCAAAUAGAUGUAUUGUUUUAGUCAUCAGUAAUGACUAAAUUACCCUGUGAGGUUGUUUCUCUCCCAUAAAAAUCUCAACUGUUAGCAGUGGCACUCACCUAUGAACUCUGAGGGUCAUAAAGGUAGAAAACAAUGUCUGUACAUAGCUUUUAUCUGUAAAUUUUGCCUUUGAAUUUUAAAAAAUUGUAUGCUGUAAGCUUGUUUAUAAUCCCUUUUUAUGUACUAGGA